GAAAGGCCACACCGGCAACCUCCUUUUCCCUUGAAUUGGAAUGUUUUAUCUCCCUUUCCACCCCAGUGUGAAGUGGUCUCAGGCUGCAGAAGAUCAUACGUGUAAUGCUCUAGAUUUAGCAACUGAAAAUGGCUCAGCUUGGAUUCUGUGCACUGCUCCUUUUUUAUUUUCUGUUCUCUGGACUGGUUCAUCACAUUAAAAGCCAUACAAAAAAGCAACGGAAGCCUCAUGGGCAAGACCGCCCCAAUUUCAUCAUUAUUUUAGCAGAUGAUAUUGGUUGGGGUGAUCUGUGGGUGAAAAGGCCUCACAACUCCACACCAACACCCUGGCUGGACUCACUAAGGGAUAAGGGCAAAAGAUUGACAGACUUUCAUUCUCCUGCCUCCACAUGCUCACCCUCACGUGCUGCCCUCCUGACAGGCAGACAUGGGCUGCGCAAUGGGGUCACUCACAAUUUUGCUGUGGGGUCGGUUGGAGGACUGCCACUCGAAGAGAUCACGUUAGCUCAGGUCCUGCACGAUGCAGGAUAUUAUACGGCCAUGAUCGGAAAAUGGCACCUUGGUCAUAAUGGAUCGUACAGUCCAGUUCAUAGAGGUUUCGACUACUACUUUGGUAUUCCUUAUAGUAAUGACAUGGGCUGCACUGAUAAACCAGGCCUUGAUCUUCCCACCUGCCCACCGUGCAUGCACAGUCAACAUACCUCAGGGAAGCAUGAGCAAUGCUACAGUAAAGUGGCAUUACCUCUGUUUGAAAAUGAGACAAUAGUUGAACAGCCCUUGGACACAUGGAGCCUUAAAGAACGAUAUGCUGCGGCAGCAGUCAAGCAGAUAAAGACGAGCGUUGCUCGCAAACAGCCUUUCCUACUGUAUGUGGCUCUCGCUCACAUGCACGUCCCACUGUUUCAUAACCCCUUCUUCAACGUUACGACGCAGGACCCGUACACAGCCAGCCUCAGUGACAUGGACUCCCUGGUGGGCACUAUCAUGCAGGCUGUCAGCACUGAGCAGUUGGAAAACACACUUAUAUGGUUCACUGGUGACAAUGGCCCAUGGGAACAGAAAUGCCAGUUUGCAGGGAACGUUGGGCCUUUUGUUGGAAGAUGGCAGACAAGCAGAGGUGGCGGAUCAGCUAAGAGAACCACAUGGGAAGGAGGUCACAGAGUUCCCACAGUGGUCGCAUGGCCCAAGAAGAUCAAACCCAACAGCACCAGCAAUUCCCUGCUGAGUGGUAUGGAUAUCUUUCCAACCAUCCUCUCCUUGGCCGGUGUAAAACCACCAUCAGAUCGACGUUCUGACGGCAUUGAUAUAACAGACAUUCUGCUUAAUGACUCUGACACAGGGCAUAAGAGUAUCAUGCAUCCAAACAGUGGGGCUGCUGGACAGUUUGGAGACCUACAAACCGUUAGGCUGAAACAUCACAAGGCGUUUUACAUCACAGGUGGAUCAGAGGCGUGCGGUGGAGAAAGUGGACAACAGCAGUAUCACCACCCGCCUCUGAUAUUUGACCUCUCACAGGAUGAGGCAGAAGAGGCACCUAUGAACCCCGACAGCGAGGAAUACAGGACUGUCCUACAGGAAGUAGAAAAAGAAAGUGCUGCUCUGCUGUGGGACAUUGCCACAGAUAAGGUAUCGACCGCCAACUACAGGACAGAUCCUGCUGCUGUGCCCUGCUGCCAGCCGCAAAACCCCUUCUGCCGAUGUCACAGUCUGAAAUGAGGUCAGUGGGCUCGGCCUUGACCUCAGAGCUGUUUAUCAGAUGUGUUAAUCACAUCUGCAUAUUGAAAAACACAGUGUAGCUUCACACCGAGAAAAGAACAAUGUCCCAGAAAACUCCACUGAAUGGGUUACUUUAACCCUGUUUAACAUGAAACUAUAGAUGUUGCAAUACUUGUUUAUUCUGCUGUUUCAUUAUGAGCUAGAGAACGUUCUGUAAAAAACUUGACUGUUUGAGGUACUUGUUAACAACAUACCAUGAUCAUAAUGACAUUGUUUGGAUCAAAAUUUGCUAUAGGUUUUCUUCGCUUUUUUUAUCAGAAAGACAAGAAGAUUGAUAUUAUGUCUCCAUCUUGUGGUGAUAUGGUUGCUUUUACCUAGUUAACUUACAAGAGUGAGUACAACAAUAAACAGAUUCAUCAUAGGGAGUUAUUAAAUAUUAAUAAUAAUACAAGGUACCAGGUUGCAGCAAUAACACCUGAUCAAGGAGAAAGAGUAAGAGGUCAAUUUUUCAAGUUAAAAAGAAUUCAACAUCUUGUAUCACUGGAUCAAGGAAAUUCAAGUUAUUGUUUGUACAAUUACAUGGAUUUAUUAAAGGGAUAGUUCACCCAAAUAUGAAAAUUCUAUCAUUAUGUACUCACCAUCUUGUCAUUUCAAACCUGUAUGACUUUCUUUCUGCAGAACACAAAAGAAGAUAUUUUGGAGAAUGUUGGUAACUGAAGAACAACAGUACCCAUUGACUUGCAUUGCUUUACAUACAAUAUUCUUUUAUUUAAAAUAUCUUCUUUUGUGUUUUGUGGAAGAAAGAAAGUCAUACAUGGUUGAAAUGGCAAGAGGGUGAGUAAAAGAUGACAGAUUUUUUAUAUUUUUGGGUGAACUAUCCCUUUAACACACACUUGAUAGAAUUUAAAUAAAUAAAUUUCUUAUUAUUGAUUACCUCAGGGAUCGGUUUUAGGACCCUUGCUAUUCUCCAUAUACAUGCUGCCCCUUGGCAACAUUAUUAGAAAACAUGGAAUUAGCUUCCACUGUUAUGCAGAUGAUACUCAGCUAUAUAUCUCAUCAAGACCAGAUGAUUUCUUCCAGCUAUCCAAAUUGGCAAAGUGCAUCGAAGAUAUAAAACAUUGGAUGACUAGUAAUUUCCUUCUUUUAAAUUCUAAUAAAACAGAAAUAUUACUUAUCGGACCAAAGACACGUGAGCAGAAUAUUUCGGAAUAUAACCUGCAAGUUGAAGGCUGCACUGUUACUCCAACAAAUACAGUUAAAGACCUAGGCGUUAUAUUAGACAGCAACCUGUCAUUUAAAAAUCACAUCUCAAAUGUCACAAAAACAGCCUUCUUCCACCUUAGAAAUGUUGCCAAAUUGCGAAAUAUUUUGUGUGGCUGACGCAGAGAAGCUUAUUCAUGCAUUUGUGACGUCAAGGCUUGACUACUGUAAUACACUACUUAGUGGUUGUCCUGCAUCAUCAAUAAACAAACUACAGUUAGUUCAGAAUGCAGCUGCCAGAGUUCUAACCAGGUCCAGAAAAUACGAUCACAUAACCCCAAUGUUAUCAUCCCUUCACUGGUUACCCAUUAAGUAUCGUAUUGACUUUAAACUUCUUUUAAUCACUUAUAAAGCCUUAAACGGUUUAGCCCCUACCUACAUAACAGUGCUUCUACCACACUACAACCCAUCACGCUCUCGAAGAUCUCAAAACUCCAGACUUUUGAUAACACCUAGAAUAACUAAAUCCACCAAAGGGGGUAGAGCUUUCUCAUACAUAGCACCUAAACUCUGGAAUAGCCUUCCCGAUACUAUUCGAGGGUCAGACACACUCUCCCAAUUUAAAUCUAGAUUAAAGACACAUCUUUUCAGCAAAGCUUUCACUUAAUGCAAAAUAUGCUAAAUAAACCACCGGGAGACUGCAUUUAUUAGAUAUUAUUUAAUAGAAUGAUCUUGCUUGUUCUAUAAACACCAUGCACUGUGCUGUGUUUUACCUUUUUGUGUUUUUCAGUUUUUCUUAUUUUCUCCUGUAAAGCUGCUUUGGAACAGUGCACAUUGUGAAAUAAAAUUGAAUUGAAUAAAUUUCUUAUAUUCUGAAUAUAAAUAUUUUCUAAAUGAAAACAAUAAAUGAGAAUUAUUUCAUCAUUUACUCACCCUCAUUUAAUUCCAGACUUGUAUGACUUUCUCCCUUCUGCAUAACACAAAAUAAGAUAUUCUGGGGAGCGUGA